UACCUCUCUCUCUCUCUCUCCAGCUCUCUGUGUGUUUCUGUGAAAAUAGAUUGAGAAUGGGAAUUGAGGUGAGAUUGGCGUCCCGUCGGCGCCGGCUAAGACCAGCUCGACGUCGGCCGUAUUGGCCGCUGAACAACAUCAAGCAUUACAGGUGCCGAGGAUGCUUUGAAGAUAAUGGCCGCCUCUCCUCUCCCGAGUGGACUCGCGUCCCUUAUCUCGCUUUGGAUGAUUAUCUUGAUCUCCUCGAUGUAACAGGUAUGAACGGCAGAUCUGCACAUCUCUUUCUUGACGUCGUAAAUGUGACUAUGGGAGACACGCAGCACUACACGGUAGAUGAUGAAGAAAAUGAAUAUGACGAUGACAUGGCAGAGUACGAGGCAAUUGAGCUCUCCUGCAUUAGAUGCGACCGUCUACUCGGCUGGAAAAUUGUUGAAGUGUUGGCUGGUGACCAUGAUUGGAUGGCAGGAAAGUUCCUUCUGGACAGUAGAAAGAUAGACAGAUGGAGAGGACACCGUCGUCUUCUCGGGUAUCCGGAUGCGGAUGGUGUGCUCCUGGCUGGCUGAACCAAAAAACACAGAGAAAUUAAGACCAGGGAAAAUGUUUGCAUGUGGAUUUUUAAUUACGUACGUAUGAUCUUGUACAUAUUGACAAAUUAAGAGAUAGAUAAAGACCCUUUCCAAUUUCAUUUUCAUCAGACUUUUAUAUAAGUGUUUCGAGUUUGAA